AAAAAAUUGGCCACUCACAAAACUCUCGAUUUUUGGGACGCGUUUUAAAAAAUUCCAAGGCUUUUUUCACGCGUCUGAUCUAUUGUUACAUUACCCAUUAUAUCAUGGCUGCCACCGACCCAUUGCAACUCCACGAAGAGCUGAGAGAUAUGGCCGCAGAGGAUAUAUUUAAAGAUGACGACGAAGACAUGCUGGAUCACGUCGACAAUCGAUUUGCCAGUGUGCAGUUACAAACACCCGUGCACCAAACGAUUGCUCGUUCUCAAAUGGAUGAACCCAUGGACUUCACUUCUCGAGACGAAGAUCCCAUCUUUUUACUGCGCAUGUUUUACGAACGCUUCUUCCCAUACAAAACCUACUUUCAAUGGCUCAACUACGACCUGGUGCCUACCAAGAACUUCAUCAAUCGCGAAUUCAGUUUCACGUUGGCUUCCGAUAUUUAUAUUCGUUACAACUCGUUUGCGGAUGUGAACCAUUUGAGAAAGGAAAUUGAACGGUUACAACCGGUCAAAAUGGAUAUCGGUGCGGUAUACACUGUCAAGCCCAAGGACAAGAAAACCGUGAGCGAAAAGGCCUUCCGGCCUCUCGAAAAAGAACUCGUUUUUGAUAUCGAUAUGACCGACUACGAUGAAAUUAGAACAUGUUGCAGCGGUGGCGAUAUUUGUGAAAAAUGCUGGCAAUUCAUGACCAUUGCAAUCAAAGUCAUUGAUGCUGCCUUGCGAGAGGAUUUUGGAUUUGAGCAUCUAUUGUGGGUGUAUUCUGGACGACGUGGUGUCCAUUGCUGGGUAUCAGAUGAGAGAGCACGAAAACUGGACAACACCAGUAGAAAAGCCAUUGUUAGCUAUUUGGAAGUCAUCAAGGGCGGAGCUGACUCGGCAAGAAAAGUUAAAUUGCCAUCCGUGAUGCAUACAUCCUUACGGCGAUCCCUUGAUAUCAUCAAAUCGUACUUUGUGCCUUUACUAUUAGAAAAGCAAGGCAUCUUGGAGACACAAGAAAGCUGGAGCAAGGUGCUGGCCAUCUUACCCGAUGCAGACAUGAGGAACACGUUGGAUGCAAAAUGGACGGAAGAACCAGGAAGAUCUGGUAUCAGCAAAUGGGAAGAUUUGCGUCAAGCACUGACAAAGGGUGAUAAAAAGAAAGCCGCUGAAGGAGAAAAUAUCGCAAGAGACAUCAUCUUUCAGUAUUGCUAUCCUCGUCUUGAUGAUAAGGUGUCUAUUCAGAUUAACCAUUUAUUGAAGAGUCCAUUCUGUGUCCACCCCAAAACCCAUCGGGUGUGCGUACCGAUACCAAUGGAUUCGCCCGAGAUCUUUGAUCCACUCACCGUCCCCACCCUUCAAUCAUUAUCGCAAGAACUAAAUGAAUACAACCGACGACAUAUGGGAGAUACGGAACGAAAAUUACCAGAUUAUGAAAAAACGUCCCUUAAACCCUAUAUGGAGAUUUUCAAAAAGUUUGUGAACAACCUGUUAUUGGAUGUGCAACGCGAAAAACGAGACACUGUCUCGAUGGAAUUCUAAACAAGCAAGCAAGCAAACGCUGUAUGAUCACACACACACUCACAGAAACUAUUUUAUCUAAUAUGCAAUCCUACAAACUCAUCUGCCUGUGCAUUUUCAAUAUCUGAUAAACAUGAAUAAAAACGUAUAAAGAAAGCAUGAGCAAAAAGACUUCGCCAAGUUGCUUGUUC